AUGGCUCAAUACGGUGGGUCUCCUAUAUUUGCCGUUGCAAGCACCGCACUGUUCGCGCUCGUCGCAAGUCUGAUCCUCAGCACCUCAACAUCCACCUCCUCAACCCUCUACUGCGUUUCUGAUCCCACCACGCAGCACAUCGAAACGCUCAAUGCUUCUCUCCCACGCGCGAAAUGCUUUCGCGUCGCCAAUGGCCUCUUUACGGAGGUCCUAGCAGAGGUCCCGACGACGAGUGAAGAAUCAAUCACGUACCUGGAUGGCUGGACGAUACCGGGCAUCAUUGAGAGUCAUGGCCACCAUUUGCAGUAUGGGGAGAUGCUCGAAUCGGUGCUGUUGUAUGAUGCGAAGAGUAUGAAGGAGGUUAGGGGGCGAAUUGGAGAGUUCUUGGAGAGACAUAGGGGUGAAGGGUAUGGGACGAGAGGGAAGUGGAUUAGAGGUAUUGGGUGGGAUCAGAAGUAUUUUGGGGGAGUUAUGCCAACUGCUGCAGACCUGGCAGUCGAUCCUCUUCUAUCAGACCUAUACAUGAUGCUCGACCGCGUCGACGUCCACUGCGUACUCACCUCCCAAAAAGUCCUCGAUCUCCUCCCAAACCCAUUACCAGCAGCACCCCCUGGAGGCUUCAUAAUCACCGAUCCUGGACCAGGCGUCUUCUGCGAUAAUGCCAUGGAUGCCAUCAUAAACCCAAUCGCACCAAAACCCGACGUUGCGCAGAAAACAAGAUGGUUCAAGACUGCGAUGGCGGAGUUAAAUAAAGUCGGUGUGACUGGAGCUGGGGACGCUGGAAUGCGACCGCAGGAUAUCAUGAUCUUGGAGGAUAUGGCGGUUAAAGGCGAAUUGUCGAUGAGGCUUAAUGUUAUGAUUGAGUGUCCGGAGAGGAAUACGUAUUGUCCGCUAGAUCUUACGGAUUUGAAGUUGCUGGAAGCACCGAGGGGGAUGGGCGAGAAUAAGCUGAUACUUGGGGGUGUCAAGAUCUUUGCGGAUGGAGCUCUAGGAUCCAGAGGUGCUGCUCUGCUGGAGCCAUACUCGGAUAUGCCUGAUACAAGAGGGGUUAUGCUCAUUAAUGAGACUGCUUUGAAGGCUGUAGUCGCUGAUUGGGCCAAUGCAGGCUUUCAAGUGAACGUCCAUGCCAUUGGGGAUCGAGCCAACCGGGCUGCAAUUGACGCUUUUGAGAGUGUGCUGGGAAAGAAUUGCAAUGGCUGCAACUCCAAGAGAAGAUUCCGGAUAGAGCAUGCGCAAAUCAUUCACCCUAAGGACCAAUUCCGCAUCGCUCGUCUUGGAAUAAUACCCUCAAUCCAGCCAACCCAUGCAACAUCUGAUAUGGCCUACGCCGUAGAUAGACUCGGAGCUUCACGUCUGAAAGACUCUGCAUACCGCAUGGCCAGCUUCUUCCCACCUCCAAAAUAUCAAACUCUCUAUCCCGGGCCAGUGCUCGGUUCUGACUUUCCCGUCGAACCACCCAACCCGUUUCACGGCAUGUACGCUGCCGUCACCCGUUUGUCACCAGCUACUCUCGACAGCCCCUCCGGUAAGGGAGGUUGGUAUCCAGAAGAGAAGCUGAGUGUUGAGCAAGCGCUCAGAGGGUUCACUUCUAACGGUGCUUACGGGUGGUUCAAAGAGAAUGAAAUGGGAACUAUCGAGGUGGGUAAGUAUGCUGAUUGGGUCGUGGUUGAUAGAGAUAUCCUUGCGGACAAGAGCGGAAUGAGUUUGGUUGAUGUUGAGGUCAGAGAGACUUGGGUUGGUGGCGCAAAGGUUUACAGCUCCAAUGCCCCUGAAGUUGAGGUUACUGGCGGGAAAGGUUGGAGGUCGGUGCUGAGCGAGUGGGCCGCUUGGUCGAGAGAUGUGAUCAAUGGUCAAAUGUGGUGGAUGAGAACUAGCUAA